UUUGAUAAAUAUAAAAUUUCAGAGAAAGAAAUGGGUAUAUUGAGUCGAUCUGUUGGAUUGUUUAGUUCAAAUAGACCAAAUAUAACGAUACAACAGCUUUCUACGUUUCCUAGACAUGGCGGCUUUAAGGUGAUAUUGAGCAGAUUUCAAAACUUUAAGGAAAAGUUUAUUUUUGAAUCAAUUCUCUUUCUGAGAAAUUCAAUCUUGCAAGUGGAUUACAUUACAUCUUUGAGAUUAAAGAGGAUGAACUCUCUAUGUGGACUUUACACUAGAUUGUAUGAAAAAGAAAAGCUUCUAGAAAUAAUGAGAUCACUUUCUAGAAGCUUAAGAAGCAGAUCGAGAAGACUAGCCUGGGGUGCAACAGUUUUCGGUGUUUUUGAUUGGGAAAAGCAUAAGGUUCUUGAUGAUGAAAUGAUAAAAUUUUCGCGAGACCUGGAAACCUGUCAACAUCUGACCAAGAAUACUCUGACCUGCGUCACAUGUGGACUAAGAUACGCAAUAGAGAAACGUAUUGAUGACGUCAAAUAUUGCCAAUGCAAAGAUGCUCCGAGUUCUGUGUACGGUGUAGGGAAGGAGAAGGGGGAUUGGGUUCCCUUUCUUGAGAGAAAGGAUAUCAUUGUCUGGAGGAAGGAGCAUCCAGAUUUGAAAGGAAUGUAUAUCUACAAAAUGUACGGAAGAUUUGACGACGUAUCAGCUGAUGAAUAUCUCAGAGUUCAGCUGGAUAUGUCAGAAUUUAGAUUAAAUUGGGACACAAGCACUGCUCAAUGCUUCGUUUUAGAACGCAAAGCAGAAACUAAUCAAGAGGUUUACUAUUGGGAAGUUAAUUGGCCCAGAUUUUUCUCAAACAGGGACUAUUGUUGUGUACGACAAUAUUACCGAGACCCUGUAUCUGGAACUACUGUACUUAUCUCCCGUAGUACUCAACAUACACAAUGUCCCGUCAAAAGAAAAUGUUUGCGUGUAGAAGAUUAUAACUCUGUUUUAACUGUUAAACCGUUUACUAAACCAGACCAGCUUGGGAUAGAGUUUUGUUUAACAGGGUUUGAGAAUCCAGGCGUUCAGUUGCCGGAAAGUAUAAUUACCUGGGUUGCUAUCAGAGGAAUGCCGGAAUUCAUGUUGAACCUCAGGAAUGCUUGUAUUAAGAUAAGAAAUUACGAGGCGCCCACUAUCGAAUCCCAAUCUUCAUCCAGCGCAAGGAGCAGUCACAGUUCUGCAGCAGAAACCAACAAUAAUACCUACAUCAAUUCUUCAUCCAGGAUAUACGCGUGAUUUAAAUUUUACCUUUUUUUGUUGUUCAGAAGUUAGAUUUAUUGAUUUUUGAUUUCAUAAUCUUGUUCUAGUCUU